UGUCACCGCGGAGCCUGGUGCUUGUCUCCUCCCUGGGGUUCCGAGGCUCGGGGCUGGAAGAGUCUCCGUGAGGAUGCUGGGACAGUCGGAACCCGGAGACCGGAGGACCUUGGCACGGAGACCUCCCAGAAAGGGACCCCGCAGAAACCAGCCGUUCCGGAAUCCCAGCAUGGAGCGGUUGACAUUCGAGGAUGUAUCCAUUGAUUUCUCCCCAGAGGAGCGGGAAUGCCUAGACCCUGCUCGCUGGAAUCUGUAUAGGGAUGUGAUGCUGGAGAAUUACAGGAACCUUGUCUUUCUAGAUCUUGCUGUGUGUAAACCUGACCUGGUCACAUUUCUGGAGCAGAGAAAGGAGCCUUGGAAUGUGAAGAGACAAGAAUCAGUAACCAUAUGCACAGAGAACCUCUACAAAUAUAACCAGUCUGGGAAAGGCUUCAUUCAGCACUCAGAACGUGCUACCCACCCAAGUCUACACACUCAAGAGAAACCUCACAACUAUCAAGAAUGUGACAAAGCUGUUACUGAUAACAUAACUUCUAAUCCAAGACAGAGGACUCCUAAAAGAGAAAAGUUUUACCAAUGUCCAGAAUGUGGCAAAGCCUUCAAUAACAGUUCAAACCUCACUCGACACCAGAUCAUUCACACGGGAGAGAAACCCUACACUUGUCCAGAAUGCGGCCGAGCCUUCAAUAAUACUUCAACCCUUACCCGACACCAGAUGAUUCAUGCUGAAGAGAAACCCUACAAAUGUAAAGUAUGCGGCAAAGCCUUUCACUGUUCUUCAUACUUUAACCAACACCAGAUCAUUCAUACAGGAGAGAAACCCUACAAAUGCCACGAAUGUGGCAAAGGUUUUUAUUAUCGUUCAACCCUUACCCGACACCUGAUCAUUCAUACAGGAGAGAAACCCUACAAAUGUCAUGAAUGUGGCAAAGCCUUUAAUAAUAGGUCAACCCUUACCCGACACCAGAUCAUUCAUAAAGAAGAGAAACCCUACAAAUGUAAUGUAUGCGAGAAAACCUUCCACUGCUCGGCCUACUUCAACCGACACCAGAAAAUGCAUUCGGGAGGGAGUGCAUACAGAUGUCCAGAAUGUGACAGAACCUUUAGCUUUAUUUCACACCUUAACCGGCACCUGAGAAUUCACUCUAGAGAGAAGCUGUACACAUGUCAUGAGUGUGGCAAAGCUUUCAGCCGCUCUUCACACCUUAACCAACAUCGGAGCGUUCAUAUUGGAGAGAAACCCUAUAGGUGUAAGGUAUGUGGUGUAGGCUUCAGCUCUGCUUCGCAGCUUAGUGCACACCGGGUAAGCCACACUGUGGAGAAGCCCUACAGAUGCAAGGACUGCGGCAAAGGUUAUCACUGUUCCUCAUACUUUAAUCAGCACCAGAGAAUGCAUGCCGGAGACAGCCUCUACAAAUGUCAGGAGUGUGGCAAGGUUUGUAGCUGCUCUUCGCACCUUAUUCAGCACCAGAGGAUUCAUACUGGAGAGAAACCCUAUCGGUGCAGAGACUGCGACAAAGCCUUUUCUUGUUCUUCACACCUCCAUCGGCACCAGGCGAUUCACACUCGAGAUAAACCCUACCAGUGUACCGAGUGCAACAGAGCUUUUAAGGACAGCUCAACCCUUUGCCGACACCAGAGGAUUCAUACCGGAGAAAAGCCCUACAGAUGCAAACAGUGCGGGAAAGCCUUUAACAAUUGCUCAAAUUUCACUCGUCACCAAAGGACUCACGUGAGGGAAACUUGACCAAGGUAAAGAGUGGAUGCAAAUAUUACCAAUUUUCAUUUACUAAAUAGCCUCACACUGUUUAAAACUGCACAAGACCCAACUCUCAGGUCCUUCCAAUAAAUCACCGAACUGCUUCCUGUGAAUUAUUGAUCUGUUUUCUUCAUAGAUCACAUAAUGGAUUUUGGGAUGUCGUAUAGAUUGUAUGUGAAGUUUGUUUUGGUAAACAGAUAGAGAUUCUUACUGUUUUAUCACUGGUAUAUAUUGAAUGACAUGUCAUUCUGUCAUAGUCAUUGAACCACUGUGUUCAAGAGUACAGGUGGCAGAUCCUACUUAAUAUAGUGUUGAGAAAUAUUGAAUGUCUCAUAAUCCAUUUCCCCAGUGCCAUCAUGUAUUAAUGAAUUUGGAAGAGCCCCCUUUUUUUGAGACAGGGUUUCUCUGUAGCCUUGGCUGUCACUCAG